AUGCUCAGAGUUCUGCAUUGUCAAAUUUCAUUGUUGGUUAUAGUCAGUAAAGAAAGGUAUUUACUGAUGACGAAGAAUGCUUGCUGGAGGAAUAUAUCAAGAAAGCUAUACUAUGGUUUGAUUCCAGGAGAAGUUCGCACGUUGGCAUACCAAUUCGCUACCAGGAACGGCAAGAUGGUUCUGAGGCUUUGGAAGAAGUUCUACGAAUUUCAACUGGUGGCAACUUUGAUAUUCAGAGUGCCUUCACACAGUUCCUGUGAUACAGCUGCCUUCAGUAGCUUUCUACUACUUCACUGCGAUACCGAGUUCCACUCAACCUUGCGAUUGGCUGUAUUUGAACCUUCUUUGAAUACAUUCGAACUGUUUCCGGAAAUUUAA